AUGGCCUAUGCUCAAAACAUUAAUAUACCCCCCAUCGCCCCCUCCGGUGAAUCAGGUCCUUUGUAUUCAGAUUUCUUCCAACAGCAAGUCGCGAAACAAAGAAACAAUAAUUAUCACUCGACAUCGCUGAACACAAUGGUUGCCACUUCUGUGAAUCGUACUUCGCUGCACCCCGGUGGUGUUCAGCCUGGCAAGGGACACACCGAGCUUGAGGAGGAGCUCCACGAGCACGCCCACAUUGACUACGACAGAGUCGCUAUCAUUGCCAACCCCUCUGCUGCUGCCCUCUAUGAAGAUGCUCUCGUCUACGAGACUGGUACCGCCAUCACCUCCAGCGGUGCUCUGACUGCCUACUCCGGUGCUAAGACCGGCCGUUCCCCCUCCGAUAAGCGUGUCGUCAAGGAGGAGUCCUCCGAGAACGAUGUCUGGUGGGGACCUGUCAACAAGCCCAUGACUCCUGACGUCUGGCGUAUCAACCGUGAGCGUGCUGUCGACUACCUCAACACCCGCAACCGCAUCUAUGUCGUCGAUGGUUACGCCGGCUGGGAUGAGCGCUACCGUAUCAGCGUCCGUGUUGUCUGCGCGCGCGCCUACCACGCUCUGUUCAUGCGCAACAUGCUUAUCCGCCCCUCGCCCGAGGAGCUCCAGCACUUCCACCCCGACUAUGUCAUCUACAACGCCGGCUCUUUCCCCGCCAACCGCUUCACCGAGGGUAUGACCUCGGCCACCUCGGUCGCCAUCAACUUCGCCGAGAAGGAGAUGGUCAUCCUCGGUACCGAGUACGCCGGUGAGAUGAAGAAGGGUAUCUUCACCGUCCUCUUCUACGAAAUGCCCGUCAAGCACAACGUCCUGACCCUGCACUCGUCCGCCAACGAGGGCAAGGAGGGCGACGUCACCGUCUUCUUCGGUCUGUCCGGCACGGGCAAGACCACCCUGUCCGCGGACCCCAACCGUGCCCUGAUCGGUGACGACGAGCACUGCUGGACCGACACCGGUGUCUUCAACAUCGAGGGCGGCUGCUACGCCAAGUGCAUUGGCCUCUCCGCCGAGAAGGAGCCCGAUAUCUUCAACGCCAUCCGCUUCGGCUCCGUCCUGGAGAACGUGGUCUUCGACCCCAUCAGCCGUCUGGUCAACUAUGACGACUCGACCCUGACCGAGAACACCCGUUGCGCCUACCCCAUCGAGUACAUCGAGAACGCCAAGAUCCCCUGCGUGUCGGACGGCCACCCCAAGAACAUCAUCCUGCUCACCUGCGACGCCCGCGGUGUGCUCCCGCCCAUCUCCAAGCUCACCACCGAGCAGACCAUGUUCCACUUCAUCUCCGGUUACACCUCCAAGAUGGCCGGCACGGAGGACGGCGUCACGGAGCCCCAGGCGACCUUCUCGUCCUGCUUCGCCCAGCCCUUCCUGGCCCUGCACCCCAUGCGCUACGCGAAGAUGCUGGCCGAGAAGAUCUCGCAGCACAAGGCCAACGCGUGGCUGCUCAACACCGGCUGGGUCGGCGCUGGCGCCACCACCGGCGGCAAGCGCUGCCCGCUCAAGUACACCCGUGCCAUCCUGGACGCCAUCCACAACGGCGAGCUCGCCAACGCCGAGUACGAGGUGUACCCGAUCUUCAACCUCAACGUGCCCAAGAACUGCAGCAACGUGCCGGACGAGCUGCUCAACCCCAAGAACAGCUGGACCGCGACGACGCCGUUCAACGACGAGGUCAACAAGCUGGCGGGCCUGUUCAACGAGAACUUCACCAAGUACGCUGACCAGGCGACGCCGGACGUGAUUGCGGCUGGGCCGAAGCCUGAGUAG